GCAAUAUCGUAAAGAUAACUGGAAACUCUGGCCAACACAACGACCCAUCACAGUUCCAAAAAAUUCUUUAUGAAACACAUUAUUCAAUUUCAUAUCAUAUCAUAUCAUAUAACUGAUAGAAUGAAGAUUAAAGAAUUUUUCUCCCCCCAACACAGCUAAUUUCGAAAUUUGUUUUGCAUAAUUUUAUAUUUGUGAUGAUUUUUAUAUAUCUUGCUUUCUUAAUCAUAAUACUACUACUGCUCAUACAGAUAAAGGGAAUGAGCAGCCACUUCCAAUAAUGCUUUUCAGUUGCUUUUUACUCUUGAAAAGGUUUGGAGUCAAGUAUUCAAAGGAUUUUGGAGAAGGGCAAAUCACUCCAGUAUCUUUGCCAAAAAAAAACCUCAAAUGGGGUCAGAAAGAGUCAGACACUACUGAAACGAUUUCACAAUCAUGGGAUUUAAGAGUGGCAAUGGGGCUCUAAUCCAACUUUCAUUUUACCGCAGAUGGGUAAUCCGAGGCCGUGAGAAGUUAAAUUACUUGCCCCAAUUCACAUUGACUUGUAGAUGGGACAGAAUUAGAAUCCAGCUCUGUUGACUCCAAAUUCAGGUUUGCUUCUGCUGCUUGCCGCGAGCACGCACUUGGAAGAUAGUCAAACAUCACCCCAAUAACCCAUUCCUUCUCUUGGGCCGACCGAAAUCAUGCAAUCCCUCAAUUCUACCAUUAGGAGGCAGCGUUACCACAAGCACGCCGAAUUAACCGGAGACAGGGUGAGUUGGGUGUAAAACUAAGUGCAAGCUUGAGGUGAGAUCCAGCGAGGCACCGAUUGGAGACCUCUCAACCAAUCAUCAACGGACUCCGAUCUCGUCAGCCAAUCGGCUCCAGCAUUCCAUAGGCUAUCACGCGCCGGGCUGUGACAGUUGGUGCUUCGUUCCAGUUCGCAUCGGGGGCGGUGCGCGCGACAAGGAGGAUGACUAGGAUUGGUUGAUGGACGGCGGGGGUGGGGCGCGCGGUGGCCUCGCGGCCAAUGAAGCCGUUGGGGGCGGGGCAAGUCCGAGCUAAGCCGGGGCCGCGGCCGGUGCGGGCGGGAUAGGCGGCCAAGCGGGCCGGGCAGCGAUGGCGGAGGCUGGCGGUGACGAUGGCCGCUGCGUCCGGCUCAGUGCCGAUAGGGCGCAGGCACUGCUGGCCGAUGUGGACACGCUGCUCUUCGACUGCGACGGCGUGCUGUGGCGAGGGGAGACCGCCGUACCCGGCGCGCCCGAGGCUUUGACCGCGCUGCGGGCCCGGGGCAAGCGGCUGGGCUUCGUGACCAACAACAGCAGCAAGACCCGCGAGGCCUACGCUGAGAAGCUGAAGCGCCUGGGCUUUGGCGGUCCCGCGGGGCCCGGCGCCGGUCUCGAGGUGUUUGGCACGGCCUACUGCGCCGCCCUCUACCUCCGGCAGCGCCUGGAGGGCGGCGGGGUCCCGGCCAAGGCCUAUGUGCUGGGCAGUCCGGCCCUGGCCGCCGAGCUGGAGGCCGUGGGCAUCGCGAGCGUGGGCGUAGGGCCCGAGCCCUUGCAGGGCGCCGGUCCCGGGGACUGGCUAGCGGAGCCCUUGGAGCCUGGCGUGGGCGCAGUGGUGGUGGGCUUCGACCCCCACUUCAGCUACGCGAAGCUGACCAAGGCAGUACGCUACCUCCAACAACCGGGCUGCCUCCUCGUGGGCACCAACAUGGACAACCGACUCCCGUUGGAGGGUGGAAGCUACAUUGCCGGUACUGGCUGUCUGGUCCGAGCGGUGGAGAUGGCUGCCCAGCGGCAGGCAGAGAUCAUAGGUAAGCCCAGCAGAUUCAUCUUCGAUUGUGUGGCCAAGGAGUUCGGCCUCAACCCAGACCGCACCGUCAUGGUGGGAGACCGUCUAGACACAGACAUCCUCCUGGGGGUUACCUGUGGCCUCAAGACCAUCUUGACUCUUACCGGGGUCUCCAGUCUGGAGGAUGUGAAAGGCAACCAGCAAAGUGACUGUUCUUCUAGGAACAAAAUGGUUCCUGAUUUCUAUGUCGACAGCAUAGCCGACCUUAUACCAGCUCUUGAAGAUUAGAGAGUUACAGUGUCUUUAAUCUCCAAAAUAAAAAAUAAAAAAUCAGUUACCUUAA